UUUGUUUAUUCCUCUAUGCCAAUCCCCACUGCUUCGACAAGAUGUAGUGCAGCAGUCCAUGAUGCAAAGAUAUAUACCUCUUCCUCUUCUGUGACCCUUCAUAAGUACUCUCCGCUGCCGCGGCUGUCUCUCCAAGCUCCUCUUGCUGUAGCCAUGGUGAUCGGAAAGCCGGCUUGGUUGCAGGCUCUCGAUUCGGAAAAGUUCUUCGUGCCUUGUUCUCAUCACGAGCACGCGAAGAAGAACGAGAAGAACAUUUGCUGCCUCGAUUGCUGCACCAGCAUAUGCCCGCAUUGUGUAUCGUCGCACCGUUUUCACAGGCUGGUGCAGGUCCGGCGCUACGUUUACCAUGAUGUUGUGAGACUAGAAGACCUCGAGAAGCUCAUCGACUGCUCCAAUGUUCAGUCGUAUACAAUCAACAGCUCCAAGGUGGUGUUCCUGAAGAAGAGGCCUCAGAAUCGGCAGUUUAAGGGAUCGGGAAACGUUUGCACUUCCUGUGAUAGGUGCCUCCAGGAACCCUACAUUCACUGUUCUCUGGGCUGUAAGGUGGAGUAUGUGUUGAGGCAGAAGAAGGAUCUCUCCCCAUACUUGAGACCAUGUAAGACUCUGCAACUGAGCCCAGACUUCCACAUCCCUCACGACGACGAUGAGGCCAAUGAGACCACGCACUCAACCAUUGUGGAAGGCGACGAGCCCAUGGCAUCCUCGGAUUCUGAGAAUUUGAGCUUACCCUGCGCCAAGAUCAUCCACACCAGCAGAAAUGGGCGGCGCUACAUCUGUGCAAGAUCAGCAACAAGUGUCACCGAUGAGGAGUACAUGACCGCAAACAUGAGCAGAAGGAAGAGCAUCCCGCACCGGUCUCCUUUAUGCUAAGAGCCAACAAUUUGGCCCGUUCCUUUCUUCUUCUUCUUCUUCUUC